AAAAAGGUUUGGCUUGAGCGUGGACAGGGAUAUAUAGAGAGAGUCGUGGAGGCUGGGUGCGAUUCAUUCGCUCAUAGCAACAUCACUAUGGCUCUUCUCAGUCGAGCCUCCUCACGCAUCUAUCAAUUGCACUCCCAUCAACGGGCGUUAUCUCUCCACACCACGCUCCCAGCUCUCAACGCAUCCACAUCAACACACACGCCCACACCAUAUGCUCCGCCACCGCCUCCGUCCGCUUCAUCUCCCGUCGGCGUUUCCAAGGCGGCGGAGUUCGUCAUCUCCAAGGUCGACGAUCUGAUGAACUGGGCUCGCCGUGGCUCCAUCUGGCCUAUGACCUUCGGACUCGCCUGCUGCGCCGUCGAAAUGAUGCACACCGGCGCCGCCCGCUAUGAUCUCGAUCGCUUCGGCAUCAUUUUCAGGCCCAGCCCUCGCCAGUCUGACUGUAUGAUCGUCGCAGGCACUCUCACCAACAAGAUGGCUCCCGCUCUUCGCAAGGUUUAUGACCAAAUGCCUGAACCUAGAUGGGUCAUUUCAAUGGGAAGUUGUGCUAACGGCGGAGGAUAUUACCACUACUCUUACUCAGUGGUUCGGGGGUGUGACAGGAUUGUUCCUGUUGACAUAUACAUUCCAGGCUGUCCUCCAACUGCUGAGGCUUUGCUGUAUGGACUCCUCCAGCUGCAGAAAAAGAUCAAUAGGCGCAAAGAUUUCCUCCAUUGGUGGACAAAGUAAGGUCGACUAAGCUUAUUUCCUGGCAGCCAAACUAUUUUACAAUAAGCAAAUUCAUGGUAUUAUAUUACCUUGCUAAGAAGUGCUCAUGUUAGAUGGAGAUUGUGUCGAUACAUUACCUUAUCACAGUUUCUGAAUGUUCUAUCUGCUCUGUUUAUGGGGGCUUCAUUCCCCUUGAGUUUUUUUAUCUGUUCAUGCUUCAUUUGAACCCGUGAGUAAACUAUAUGUGAAAAACUCAUGUUUGGUUUGUAAGUUACGGUUUUUACGUUGGACCAA